CAGCGCUUCCCUCCCUCCGCCUUCAUCCUGUUCAUCUCUUGCUCACAGACCUUUCAAAAGCAGAAUCCCUGGGGAAAAACAGUUAUGGAGUUUUGCCUGAGUGAGAACUUCCAGUUUCUAAACCAGCACAACCUUUUGGAUCCGUCCACCUCUGAUGACCCACCGUCCCCGACAGAUGCGCCGGUCAAAGCCGACCCGCUGAGCCCCUCGUUCGGCCUGGACAGCAGCGCGACCCCGUUCAGCCCCGGCAGCACGUCGGACAGCAGCGGGUACAGCGUGUUCUCCCGGAACCCGUCUCUGAACCCGGACUCCCCCGUCAGCUCUAGCUCUAUCUCGAGCAGCAGCGCUCCGACUCUCUUCCACCCCGUCGGUCACACAGAGUCCCUCCUCAGCUGCGACUACAUCCCCUCGCUGAACCCCGGGCCCAAGCGCCUGUGUCUGGUCUGCGGGGACUUCGCGUCCGGCUACCACUACGGCGUGGCGUCCUGUGAGGCGUGCAAGGCCUUCUUCAAAAGAACCAUUCAAGGAAACAUUGAGUACAGUUGUCCUGUGGUGAAUGACUGUGAGAUCACAAAGAGACGGAGGAAGUCAUGCCAAGCCUGCCGUUUCCAGAAGUGCCUGCGUGCCGGCAUGAUGAGAGAGGGUGUGCGCAUGGACCGCGUGAGAGGAGGUCGACAGAAGUACAAGCGCAGAGUGGAUUCAGCACUUUCUCUCUUCACCAAAACACCUUACGCACAUCCAAGCAAACCAAUCAGAAACAAAGUGAUCUCUCAGCUGCUCGUGUCUGAACCGGCUCCUCUGAGAGCUGCUCCUGACCCCUCGACCCCUGACAGUGACCUUAAAACGCUGCUGACCUUAUGUGACCUUUUAAACAGGGAGCUCCUGGUUAUGAUUGGCUGGGCAAAACACAUUCCAGGUUUCACUGGCCUCUCUUUGGUGGAUCAGAUGGCUUUGCUCCAGAGCGGCUGGAUGGAGACGCUGGUGCUGAACGUGGUGUGGAGAUCUCAGGGCUCGGCCGACGAGCUGCAGUUUGCGGAGAACCUGCGUCUGAACGAGAGCCAGAGCAGAGCCGCGGGACUGCAUGAUCUCUACACGGCCCUCAGACAUCUCAUCUCCAAAUACCAACAGAUGGGCCUGAACCAGGAGGAGAUGCUCACGCUCAAAGCCAUGUCUCUGGCCAACUCAGACGCAGAGAACGUGGAGGGCGCAGACGCCGUGCAGUGUUUCCAGGACGCGCUCCACGAGGCCCUGCAGGAGUACGAGAGCGGCCAGCGGCCGUCCGAGCCUCAUCGCGCCGGGAGACUCCUCAUGACACUGCCGCUGCUGCGACAGACGGCCCACCGCGCCGUACGCUGCUUCAGCCGGCUGCACACGGAGGGCUGCGUCCCCAUGCACAAACUCUUCCUGGAGAUGCUGGACGCCAAGAUCUAGACUGGGACAGUGUGGACUGAGUAAAGGAUGAUGUUGUUAUAAAGCAGCUGAACCGUCACGUGGAGAUCAGGGUCACGUCCAGAGUGACGUUUAACGCAAAAAGCAGCUCUUCGGAGUUUGGCAGCUAAACUGCACUUGAUGACGAGAGGUUAAAGGGUUAGUUAAUUCUGUCAUUAAUUACUCACCCUCAUGUCGUUACAAACCCGUAAGACCUUCGUUCAUCUUCAGAACACAAAUUAAGAUAUUUAAUAUUGAACCCGGAAUCGCUGCACUGUUUACAACGUGAACAGUGUACGAGAAUGACAGGGAAGAGAAGAAAUUGUUGAAUAAAGUCGUUAUUUUUGUUUGUUUUUGCGCACAAAAAGUAUUCUCUUUGCUUUAUAACAUUAAGGUUGACCCGCUGUAGUCACAUGGACUAUUUUAACAAUGUCUUUACUACUUUUCUGGACCUUGAAAUUGGUUAUGACGCUGCUGUGUAUAGGGAGAUCAGAAAGCUCUCGGAUUUCAUCAAAAAUAUCUUAAUUUGUGUUCUGAAGAUGAAUGAAGGUCUUACGGGUGUGGAACGACAUGAGGGAGAGUAAUUAAUGACAGAAAUUUUCAUUUUUGGGUGAAUUAACCCUUUAAUAUCACUCUCUGUCUCACUGAAGCACAAUCUUUUACUAUUUAUUUGAUUUAUACGAAAUUCAAGGAGAUUACCGUUUUAUAAGGUGUUGGCGAUAGUUUAGAAGCAAUUGCAUUUUUUUUUAGCAUUUUACAUAAUAUAUCAAUAUUUUUCAAUUUUUUUAUUCUGUAGAUUUUAUUUUCAGUCUAGAUAUUUGAAUUUGGUUAUCAAUAUCAAAGACGCAAUAUAUUUCUGCAAAACAGUUCCAGCGAUCAGCAUCAAACUCUCUGUAGUCUGCAGCACAUUGUCAAGCUAUGGAGCCUUUCUGUUUAUCGUCUAAUUUAUUACAAGUACCAUCUGCUGUUAUUUAUAUGAAAAUAAAUUAUUUUUUUGGAAAUUA